UGUAAACUUUCCUUUGGGACAUGCUCAUGACCUCAGCUCCGCUCCCUGGAGUGUGCUUGAGGAGGGAAGGCUGGCGACAACACACCUCUGGUCAGUGUGAAUACUAAUCUCUACGUAGGAUUUGAAGUAGGAUUUAAUAGCAGCCGAGUCAGACCCAUGUCCCGUGUGGCUAUUAACUCCUAGGAGUAAUGCCAUCUGUGCAGGCUUUUCUCAGAGCCAUCAACGGAAAAUAAUGGCUGAAGAAAACACGGACUUGAAGACCAUUUUGCGAGAAGAUCCAGAUUCUUUCCUGAAAUCAGCUCGCCUCCAGCGCCUGCCGUCCUCUUCAUCGGAGAUGGGCAGUCAGGACGUCUCGCCGCUGCGGGAGACCAGCAAAGACCCAUUCUCUGGGGACUGCAGCUGCCGCCAGGAUGGUCUGACGGUGAUCAUCACUGCCUGCUUAACCUUCGCUAUGGGCGUCACGGUAGCCCUGAUCAUGCAGAUCUACUUUGGGGAUCCACAGAUAUUCCAUCAGGGCGCCGUGGUGACCGACGCGGCCCGCUGCACAGCGCUCGGCAUCGAAGUGCUCAACAAGCAGGGAUCCUCGGUGGACGCAGCCAUCGCUGCAGCUCUGUGCUCAGGAAUCAUCAACCCCCACACGUCCGGCAUCGGCGGGGGGGGAGUGAUGCUGGUCCACGACAUCCGGAAGAACGAGAGUCAGGUGAUUGACUUCCGAGAGACGGCCCCCUUGGGGAUCCAGGAGGAGGGCCUUCGGGAGGCCUGGGAGAUAAAGCCGGGUCUCUUGGUGGGGGUGCCAGGCAUGAUCCAGGGAAUGCACAAAGCCCAUCAAUCGCACGGGAGGCUCCUGUGGUCAGAACUUUUGGGCCUUGCUGCAAACAUCGCCCAGGAUGGAUUCAAUGUCACGCAUGACUUGGCCAGAGCUAUCACUGAACUGAAGGAGCUGAACUACUCGGACAAAUUCAGAGAGACUUUCCUUCCAGAGGGCCAGCCGCUGUUGCCUGGAAUGUUUAUGAAGCGACUCGAUCUAGCCACCAUUUUACAUCUGGUUGGCUCAGAAGGGGUCUCGGCCUUCUAUAGUGGAAACUUGACCCAGGAGAUUAUUUCUGAGGUUCAUAACUAUGGAGGAGUCCUGUCAGAGGAAGACUUCAGUAACUACAACGCCCUAGUAGAGAAUCCAGUCCACACGGUGUAUCAAGGUCACCUUGUUCUCAGCCCUCCACCUCCACACGCAGGUCCUGCCUUGAUCACAGCUCUAAAUAUCCUGGAGGGCUUUAAUAUCAGCCAGAUAACCAGGGAAAAUACCCUCCAUUGGAUAGCAGAGACAUUAAAAAUAGCACUGGAGCUAGCUAACAGCUUGGGAGACCCAGGCUUUAAUGCCUCCAUCUACCAAAGUGUAGAAGACAUGGUCAGUAAAUCAAAGGCAGGGUUGCUGCGUCAGCGGAUUAACGACUCGCAGGCUGUCCCUUCUGGUAUCAGUAUCCCACAGUUCUCCACCGAGAGCGACUCCCCUGCUAGCCAGGUCCUUGUUAUGGGACCUGAUGACUACAUCGUAGCAGUUGUGAGUUCCCUGAACCGCCCAUUUGGAAGUGGAAUAAUAACGCCCUCUGGAAUCCUUCUAAACAGCCAGAUGUUGGACUUUUCCUGGCUGAACAGCACGUCAAACCACUCAUCUUCCAGCCUGACAAAUCUUAUUCAGCCGGGGAAAAGACCCCUGUCCUUUUUACUGCCCACUAUCGUUCGGCCGUCAGAUGGGAUGUGUGGAACCUACCUGUGUCUGGGCGCUAACAAUGGGGACAAAGCCUUGAGCAGCAUCACGCAGGUUUUAGUAAAUGUUUUAACACUUAACAAGAACCUGAGUGAGAGUCUGUCACUGGGUCGGCUGCACCCACAGGUUCAAUCCAACAUCCUGCAAGUUGACAGUGAAUUUCCUGAAGAAGACAUUGAUUUCCUGGAAGCCAGAGGUCAUCAAGUAGAUAAAGUUGACGUGCUGUCACUGGUUCACGGAGCCAGGAGAACUAACAACUUCAUCAUUGGUGUGAAAGACCCAAGAAGCAUGGAUGCUGCAGGAGCUACAAUAUUAUAGCAAGUGCCAGAUGGUGGGUUCAUUGGAUAAGGCUUUAAACAACAACAACAACAGUUAUGUGCAUGUUCUGAAAUGGCCUGGGGUGGAACAAGUUGUGGGUUUGUGCAUUGCUGAACAGACUUUCUGCAUUCCCGCCCCAAGCAAAGUAGUAGUGGCUUGGAAA